UGCCCCAUUGUUGGUGUCAGUGGGGGGAGGAAUAGUGCCCCAUCGUUGGUGUCAGUGUGUGGGGGAAUAGUGCCCCAUCGUUGGUGUCAGUUGGGGGGAGGAAUAGUGCCCCAUCAUUGGUGUCAGUGGGAGGAAUAGUGCCCCAUCAUUGGUGUCAGUGGGGAGAGGAAUAG